AUAGAAUACGGCACUCCGAAAAGCACAGAUAGUUGAGAUUUAUCAAAAUGAUUUCCUUUAAUUUGUUACAUUCGAUUUAAACAGCACAUAUUUCUGACUACAUGCGAGUACAUUAUUUAUUUUUCAUAUAAAAAUACAUCACGGGAUAAUAAUCACCUGCCUUGAGUUUUUAAUCAAGAAAUUCGAUGACUCUAGAUGCACUCGCAACAGAUACUUCGGAACAAAAACAGCAAGUUAUACGUUGGCUUUCUGGAAGACGUCUCUUACCAACGCAUCUAUUUGUGUGUGUAAAUCCUAUUACUUAUCUGUUUUCGAGUCACGUAGUAACAUUGGCCAUUUUCAUUCAAGAGUAUUGCAUUAGCGUUGACAUUUCUCGGAAAAUUAUAUAAAUAAUUGUGAUAAGUGCAUAGGUACAGAGUGCGGGCCGCGAUUAUUCCUUCUACUAGUGAUUUCCUAAAUUGUAGUGCAGCGACUAUCUGCCCGUAACGGAAUUAUUACACGCUCUGCUGCGUUAAGGUAAGUGAAUACUAUGUGAUCACUGCUCACUAUGCAAAUGCACACUAGCUACCGGCGGUACGACGUCGCAGCGUGACAUGUGACCGUAAAUCUUGAAGCUAUCGUACGAAUUAGCAUAAUAGUACUUUUUAUCUAAGAAAUGUGCAAAUGGAGCGAUAAAACAUACGUUAGGUUUUUACAUUGUAUCCCGCUUAAAAAUAUGUUUCAAUCAUACCGAUCUGACGAUACACUUGCACGUAUCGAUAUGGGAGUUGGUUUUGAAACAUUGAAGAAAAGUGAGAGCAUAGUAUAAUUUUGAAAUAUAGUGGUCAUAUCGACUUCUCAAAUAAAUUAGCAAACGUAUGUCGCGAAUUGUACAUUAACGUCGGAUAACGUGUAUAUUUAAAUAAAAUACGCAUUAUAAUACAAUACGAAACUGAAGCUGAAUUCACUUUGUGAAAUAAAACAUGCUUAUACGCUUAAAUAUAACAAAAUAAAGUAAGAUAAGAGGUUGCAGAGAAAAAAUAAGAGAAGAAGGGAGGCAAAGAGAAGAAAGGAAGCAAAAAACAGUUCAAAUUCUAUUCGGCUCUCUUGUAUCUCUGUGUUUGCUCACGUUGAAAUUGAACAUAUGCGGUAUGUUCAUAUAUAGACUGCGUUCAGGGAAUUCGCUAUCAGCGUUACUGCAUCACUUUAUCGCUCAUUAGAUACAAAACAAGAAUAGAAUGACGCAAUAGUGCCGAUAGCACAUUCUCUAAAUGAAACUUUAGUAAACUAAGCUUAUAAAAUAUACAUAAAAUAAAAUAUAAAAUAUAAAUAUAAAAUAAAUUUAUCUUUGGAAGCAAAUUUAAUAUGUACGUUUUUAAUGUAAAUUGAAAACAGCAGUACUCUAGGUUUGCAGCACAUAUUUCGCCAUGUCAUUCAAGAAAAUACCUAACUUGUGUGGAGAUUGUAGGAACCUCCUUCAGUAGCUAUUGCUAAGGAAGGCUUCUAAUAUAUCUACAGUGAACUUGCUGAAAUCUUCGCCAGGCCAGAUGUCGCACGAUCUCGCACAGUUUAGAGCUGGUGUAAAAACGUGUUUAUAUUUUUCAAAGAAUCUUUAUAAUACGGUCCUUCUAACCUUAACCAUAUUUAAGUCUAUGACUGAUAAUAUCCAGAAUUUAAUUACCUAUGGAUCCUGAAAUUCAGAAAAAGAUUUCAGAAUUUGAAUCUUUCGUGAACGACGUGCUGAAGGCUGAUCUUGCCCAACUGGCUGAAAAGCUUGAUUCCAAAAAUUCUGAUGUUGCCGAGUUUCUACAAUUGAAAUCAAUAAUAACAACAUUUCAGAAUACGGACAUUGAAAAAACUGGCUUCAAAACUCAAGUGGAUAUUGGAAGUAGUUUCUUCAUUCAAGCACAAAUUACAGAUGCUUCGAAGAUCUUUCUGAACGUUGGUUUGGGACAUUAUGUUGAAUUUACUUUGGACGAAGCUCUAGUUGUUAUAAAUGUACGGAUCAAGCUUCUGAAAGGACAAAUCGCUAAUUUACGCCGAGCAAUUGCAAGGACCAAUGCUCACAUUAAGUUAAUCCUUUUAUGUAUUGGAGAUUUAGAAAGGAUUAAAUAAAAG